CGCGGAACGUUUACCAUCAAUUAGAUUUACGAACCCGGUCACGUGACACAAGAUAUCGGCCAUUUUGGCAGCGAUUUUCACCUUCAACUUGAUUUUCGAUAUUCUUGUCAAUCAUGUCAGCACUAAUGUCUAGAAAUAUAUGCAGGUCACUCAAGGGACGCUUGUACAGUGUCCAGGCUGUGAGGAAGGCUGAGGAGGGGCCUCAAUUUUUGAAAGUGCCCUCUUCAAUUGAUAUGGUGAAAGUGGCAACAACAAACAAUAUGGCUCCAUUGAGCCGGUUGUUAUUUGUGUUGAAGGCAGGGUCAAGGUAUGAAGAUGGCAGCAAUUAUGGAGUUACACAUCUUAUGAGACACACUGCGUACUUGGGCACAGAAGAAAUAUCUGCAUUCAAAGUUUUUAAGGAGUUAGAAAAACUAGGUACCAGAUUUAAUGCGGUAACAACAAGAGACUACACCAUGUAUUCUUUGACAUGCACAAGAAACAAUUUGCCUAAUGCAUUUAAAGUGGUUUACCCAUUAAUGGAGGGUCGUGACUUUAAUAAAUGGGAGUGGCGAGACAGUAAUCACAACGCUAAAAUGCAGUUUGAUGUGACAGCUUUACAAAACCAGCCAGAAGUUUUAUUAAUGGAGGGGAUACAUGAGGCAGCCUUCAGACAUGGACUUGGAAAUUCAUUGUUUGCUUCUCCAAAUUUGAUUGGCAAAAUUACACAAGAAACGGCAACUUGCUUUAUAGCAAAAACCUGUAGAUUAGAUAGAAUGGGGGUUGCAUGCGCAGGUAUAGAUUCUGAUGUUUUGACAGAUCUUUUGGAGGAGGCCAUUUCUCCAGUUUCAAGAGAUGAAGAAUAUGACAGUGAGGAGAUUGCCUACCUUCAGAGAGAGGUUUUUGACAGAGUUAAGACCAUGCAUGGUGUUGAUCAGAAUGUGGCUGUAAAAGACUUAUUGAAAAUGUGUGGUACUGAGAUUGACUUAGUUAAGAAAAAAAUAGCAAAAUAUGGAAUCAGUGAAGAUCAGACAAUAGAGUCUGCAGUGGUGAAGGAUGUAUUAAAAUUCUAUGAUAUCGCUAGAACUGUUACAAACGAUGAAAAAGCCAAGUAUUUUGGAGGUGAAAGACGUAUAAAUCGGGCAGAUUUCCCACUGACAUACGUGACAUUUGCCACUGAAGGGCCAAGUAUGUCAAGUGCAGAUAGACUAAGUGCAGCUCUUGUGCAGCAGGUAUUGAAUCCUAGUACAUCUGUAAAAUAUGUUGCAAAUGUCAAAGGAUCUCGGCUAUCUUCAGCUAUUAAAAAGGUCACAGAUGGGGAAUUUAUGUUAAAGGGUCUCAAUGUAAACUAUUCAGACUCUGGAUUAUUUGGAUUUACAGUUGCAGCUGAUCCUCAAGAUAUUGGAAAGGUAUCAAAAGCAGCUUUAGAUGAGUUUUUAUCUCUAGCCAGUACUAGUAUUACAGAUGCUGAUGUUGCCAGGGCAAAGUAUCAGCUGAAGUCUGACAUUGCUAUGAAGAUGGAGAAUGUUGGAGCAACUGUAAUGAACCUUGCUGAACAAGUUCAUGUAACACAAAACGUUACUUCAUUAAAUGAUACCCUCAUGAUGGUUGAUGCCAUCAAGACUGAUGAUGUUGUAAAGGUUGCUAAGAAAUUGGCCGGUGGAAAACUGUCAAUGUCAUCAGUUGGAAAUCUUAAGAAUGUUCCAUACUUAGACCAGUUCACAAAAUAAGACUUUUAGAUAUUUAGGAUAUGUUGUUUAUACAUAAGAGAAUUUAAAGUAUGUAGAUGCUGUUUAUUUGUGCUGUUUUUGUUACAAAAUUGAUAGAUUCAAGUGCUGACUCUAGAAACAAUAUUUUAAGAUCUUUGGACAUGAUGGGGAAAAAAGUUCUGAUGUAUUUUUUUAUACAGUAUAUGUUAUUGACAAGUGUGACAUGAUUGGAAAGGAAAAGAAAUAAAUAAUUUAUUGUUAAAAACA